AUGGUGAAAAAGAGGGCUAGCAUAGGACGCCAAAAGAUUCCAAUUGCAAAAAUACCGAAGAAAAAUCAUCUACAAGUUACAUUCUCUAAACGCCGUUCAGGACUUUUUAAAAAGGCUAGUGAGCUUUGCACCCUUUGUGGGGUUGAGAUUGCAAUAAUAGUUUUCUCCCCAGCAGAGAAGGUCUUCUCUUUUGGCCACCCGGAAGUUGAGUCCAUUCUUGAUCGAUAUCUUACUCGAAACCCUCCACUGGAGUCUAGUGCUCACCAACUUAUUGAAGCUCAUCGAAAUGCUAAUGUUCGCGAGUUCAACAUACACCUAACUCAAAUUCUUAAUCAAUUGGAAGCCGAGAAAAAGCGGGGAGAAGCUCUUGACCAAAUAAGGAAGUCUAACCAGAGGCAGUUCUGGUGGGAAGCCCCUUUCAAUCAGCUUGGAUUGCAUGAGCUCGAGCAAUUGAGGGCAUCAAUGGAGGAGCUAAAGAAGAAUGUAGUAAAACAAGCCAACAAGAUCUUGAUUGGCUCUACUACCAACUCUUCCCAAUUUUUGGCAGUGAAUGGUAUUGGAAGUAGUGCUGAUUUGUUUGAGAACAAACAUACACAGUUUAAUACUUCUUCCACUAUGCCCAAUGUCUAUAAUUUUGGCUAUGGAAAUGGGCUUUUCUGA